UAGAGCAACCGCACAAGCACACUGGACUACCAGAUCAGGACAUCUUCAUAAAACAUAAAACACAGAAUAUUAGGCACAUAACAAGCACAGUUGACAAACUGUGUUUGGAGAUGCAGGUAAAUCUGGGAUUUUAUGACACAUCCACACAUUGUAGUCUGAGAUCAGUGAAGUCAGCAGUGGGGCCAUCACCAGAGUGGCACAUCAAUGAGCACCAUAAACUGCAGCUCCUUUUGAUGUUUGUCUGGCAGUGAGAUAUGAUUCAUGCUGACAUCACCCUAUAAUGACCGAUAACACAACCCUGACCUUGGAGUACUUGAAAAAAAAAAAAAGAUAAACAUAAACUACACCUCACAUGUGCCUCGUUUACGAUUCUGUUUGUUUGAUGAAUAUCUGCACGUCCCAAUGACAUCACUUGGUCACAUGCAACCAGGCUAUAUAUUUGAGAGCAAGAACACACACUGCACAAUGACACGAGAAGAGGAGAAGAAUAAUCAUCUAGUUUCAGCAUGAAGACUUCUGGAGCUCUACUGGUGCUGCUGUGCUGCUGUUUGGCUGAGACGCAGAUCAGAGGAAAGCCCAUCGGUGAAAAUGACAUCACUCACCAGGACCACUAUGGUGAAGCAGAGACCAGAGAGAAUGAGGUUAUGGGUGCAGCACAGAGAACUGAAGCUGCUGCCACAGUCUCCACCCAACAAACCUGCCAGCCUGACAUCCACACUGUGCUGAGAGAGAUGACCGCACUGAUGGUGGAGCAGAGAGUGGAGCUCAGAUACACUAAGACACAAAUACAGGCCAUGGAGACGAGACUGAUCGAGAGGCUGGCUGCAAGUGAGAAUAAAGCAGAGACUAUGGAGACCAGACUGAGAGCCAGUGAGAAGACAGUGGAGGAGCAGAGAGCUGUUAUUAAGGAGCUGAAGGAGAAACAGGAGGAGCAAGGAGCAGCUGUGAGAGCUGUAGGAGGCAGUGUGAACCUCACAGGGAGUCAGGUGCAGGAGCUGAGGAGUGAGAGAAAGGAGAGGAGGGUGUCUUUCUCUGCCUCACUGGUAGCAUCUGGAGCUGGAACUACAGGACCCUUUAACAUAGCAAUUCCCCUGGUCUACAAACACAUCUUCACCAACAUUGGGAACGCCUACAACCCAAAUACAGGUGUGUUCACAGCUCCAGUCAGAGGGGUUUACCACUUUUAUUUUGCCCUACACGGCCAUGGUCAUGCCUCCUUCCCUAGUGUCAUCUCUCUGCAUAAAAAUGGGGAGCUUGUGGUCACUGCAUGGUGUCAACAGGCCGGCUACAGUGUCAACCCCUCCAAUGGAGCUUCUCUGCUGCUGGAGGUGGGAGAUGUGGUGAACCUGAUACUGAAGGAAAACGCACGUGUGUGGGAUAAUCUGAGCUAUCCUCACACCACUUUCUCUGGACACCUGCUCUUCACAGUGUAACAGAACCAGUGACUGGUGCAGAACCCGGUACAUAAACCCAAAGACAAUCCACACAGAACUACAUCCGUAAACUAG